UUUGAAAUCUAAUGAUUUACUCAAUUUAAGUUCCAAAAAUAACGGGCUUACUGCAUUUACUCCAUCGAAGCCCAUAGCAACAGAUUAAAAGCAAACAUCAGAGACGGAGCUACUGAUCUGAAACGGCGGCGACCGGCGGAGCUUUAGGGACUAAAAUUAUGUUCAGUUGCUCUCAUUCAGAUUCAAAUUGUACUGAGAGUUGUAAAGUGAUUUCAAUGCCGCGUCUACCUGAAGAAUUGAUGUUUGUUAUCCUUACUUUUGUUCCUCUUAAUUGCUUGAUUAACUCUGCAAGAUAUGUUUCCAAAACUUGGGCUGCUAUCAUUAGAAGUUUCGAUUUUUCUCAGGCCCGUCGUGCACAUUCUAAACACGGUCUUUAUGUUGAGAGUUGCAUGUCAGGAGUUAGUUCCUAUUUUUUGGAAUUUAAAGAUGAUGAUGUGAGUGGCGAAUUCGAAAAAACUGAUUUGAGAAAAAUUCGAAAUAGAAUGGGAAAAAUUAUGAGUAGCUGUGAUGGCAUAUUGGUGCUUUCAAAUAUUUUAAGAGAAGUUUACGUUUUGAACCCCGUUCUCAAAUCCUGCCUUAGAAUUCCUUGUUUUCCAAUUCCUAUGCAAUUUAUGGAUCAUAGUAGAUGUCAAUGUACACGAGUUCCACGCACUGCCCAAUUCAAGCUGUUUUUUGGGGACGUCCUAGAAAUUUUAGGUGUUGUAUGGUAUGUUUUCUAUGUCCUAAGCAUUGGAAUAGAUAACUCGUGGAAAGAGAUAGCUAGAAGAGAAGUUUCCCUUGACCAGAUGUUUCUUUUUGAACCAACUUAUAGCGGAGGUAACGAUCUUUUAUGGAGAACAACAGAUGAAGUGAUUGUGAUAGAUGUUGACAAAGAAAUUAUUGUAACUGGGUAUCCACUUCCUGAUGAGUCGUGGUUCGCUUCCAAUAUUUUUAUGGAUGGGGAAUCGCCUUUCUUGUAUUGCUGCCAAUAAAGGGUUUUGUAGAACAUAUAAAAUCUUCAUUUUGGAUUUUGAUUCAUGAAAAUGGUCUUUUUAUCAUGAGAUGGGGCCUUUUAAUUAUGUCUGCUGCUUGUGGCAAGGAUUUUUUCGUCUGGUUUGUGUACUUUUGUUUGUGGAUCGACGAUCAAAUCAUCUUUCAAGUAGAUGUACGUGAAAGCUUAAUAGCAGAAUCCGGCAUGAAAAACAUAUGUUUUGUUUACAAUGUGAAAACAAGACAAUUGACAAAAAUUGUGGGGAUUGCCGAGGGUGGUUUUAUAGUGUGGCCUCAUAUCAACACUCUAGUUUCAUUGCCAAGUAUUCCUAUUAAUGUUUAAUGAAGUUGUUUUAAUUUAUUUAUUAAUCAAAGUUACUAAGACUUUUAUGGACAAA